AUGGCCAACCUCGACUGGACCCUUAUCCCGGACAGGCCCAACUUUUGGAAGACGGAGUUGAGGAUGGGUGGAAUACGUACGAUGCAGAUGCUGAAGAAAUCGCCUACAAAGGGCGGUGGGAUGAGGAGCAUAUAUCUUGGUGGUCGUAAGUUGUUCGCCUACAUUUUAGUAUCUGAAGCUGAGUACUGCAGUACCGCUGGCAUCAAGUUCGCCUUUACCGGGGAGAAAUUGGCAUUGAGCUUCGGUGAGCAUACCGACAACGGUGUACUCGUCGCGUACAGGGUUGGAGGCCAGGAUUGGCAGUUCUCCAACGUAACCGCAGACGACACCUACCAAUUCGUAGGGCCUGAGACGACUGGUGUCGACUUAAGGGAGUCUAGCACGCAGCAAACAUUUGAACUGAGAGUCCAACUGGAAAGUGUAUCCGUCGAGCCAGAAGCUGCGAUAUACAAAAUCGACCCAUUUCCUAAGAUGGUCGAGGUUAUCGGUGACUCCUUGAGCUCCGGGGAUUAUGCGACUUACGAAGGCCUUUCUUCCUGGGCAUACCUUUUUGCUGCAGGCCUAGGGAAUGUCGAAUACCACCUGACGGCCUAUCCCGGAAUCUGCCUGCAUGAUCAAAAUUGCUGGGGGAACCCUAGAGGCCAAACUUACCAAUACUACAAAACGAGCGACACGUCUCCGCGUGCGGCGAAGAUACAUGGAGAUGACCCUCCGGACUGGGACUUCAGUGCCCAGCAGCCGGCGGACCUGGUCGUCAUUAACAUCGGAACGAACGACAACAACCCUGCAAAUAACGUCUCGAGCACAGAUUACUUCAAUGACUAUGUCAACCUAGUCAGCAAUAUUCAUGGAAUAUGGCCAGACGCGCAGAUCGUUCUCAUGUCCCUUUGGGGCGGCUUCGCUGCAUCGGGCGAUACGUACAUUCAGGGGCCUCUCUUCGUCGAUGAGAUCAGAGACGUCUACGAGCUCUUCCAGGAGAACGGCUCCUUCGUUCACUACUUUGACACCACCGGCAUACUUCAGCAGAACGAUAUUGCGCCACAGUGGCACCCAACGGACGUCGGUCAUAUCAAGGUUGCAGCGCACUUUAUGCAAUGGGUCAAGAUGACGUUCGGAUGGGAGAUGGAGGCCACCGGGCCGAUGGUGCACAGCGGAACGCUCUACUGGAAUGACCAGGGCGGUUACUGA